UUGUUAUGUAGUUUGGCAUUGAAAUGAAUGAGUCUCAUUAAAUUGCGUUGUAAUCGUGCAAAACAAGUUAACUCGUCCACGUUGUCAAGAGCAUGGAAAAUUGUAGGAAAUAUACUAAUAUUUGCUGAAUGCGGCAUAUAAAUUUCUUUGAUUUAUUAUCAGCAGUAUUGUUGACAGAUAAUACUUUAUAGUGUGUAAACUUGACUUUUGUGUAGUACAUGUACAGUGCGUGGUGGUGCUUAGAAAGUUAUUGAACUUGAUACAAACAUAACAUGCUUUAAUUCUAUUGGUCCAGCUCAUCAUUUCGGAAAUUUUAGGCACAUACAUUCUACACUACGAGUAUAAAGCAUAAAAAACAGAUAAAACAGCAUCAGAGACACACGGGAUCAAUACAAUCUUUAAAAAUGGAACAAUUUAAACAAAUACAGGAUUUAGUUUCACCGAAAUUUACUUGGGAGGUGUUCGAAACUGUUUUGAAGAAGCAAAGCAACAGUGAUAAAGUAAAAUUAAUCAAUAUUACACUUGGAAGCGAGACAAGUAAAGGAGAUUCGUAUUUAAGUACAGUGACACGGUUUUCAGUUGACUAUACCGGAGAAAACAAUGGUGACAGCAAACCAUUUAAACUGCAUGUAUUUGGCAAAUCUUUGCUGAGAAAUGUUGCGCGAAGGAACACAUAUCGCAACUCAGAUUUUUUCGCCAAUGAAAUUGUUUUCUAUGAGGAAAUAUGGCCAAAACUUGACGCAUUCCAAAAGGAAUUUAAUGCGUUGAAAACAAUUCAACUUUAUGACGAAAUUCCUAAUUAUUUAUGUGGUGAAUUUGAUGGGUCAAACGAUUAUAUGCUUCUUGAAGACUUGUCCUAUCAAGGAUAUCAAAGUGCAAGUCGAUCAGAUGCAUUGACAUUUGAAAGAGCAAAACUUGUUUUAAAAGUAUUAUCAAAAUAUCACGCUCUUGGAUAUGCAUUUAAAGAACUCCACCCGGAAUCAUUCCAGGAAACAGCUUCCAAAUUAAGGGAAACUUAUUUUCACGAUGAUUUUCGCGGUUGGUACGCCAAGUUCCAGCAUAAUCUUUCAAUUAUUACCUUGGACGCAGUGGAAAAAGAACUUCCUGAAGUUUACGGCAAUAGGUUGAAAGAAAUAUUCGCUCGUGAUUAUUAUGGUGAAGCAGUGGCUUUAUGUGCACCAUCAGCAAAAACAAACUUCAAAACAAUCGCGCAUGGCGAUACGUGGAUGCCUAAUCUGUUAAUCCGUUUCGACGAGAAAAAACAACCGGUUCAUUCUGUGUUGAUCGAUUUCCAACUCGCAAGAUAUGCUACUGUUGCACAAGAUUUACUUUUCUUCACCUACGCUUGUAUUGAUGAAGAUUUACGCGCCAACCACCGCGAAGACCUCAUAAAGUAUUACUGCCAAGAAUUCAGCGCAUUUUUCGCUCAAUUUGUCCCCGAAAACCCAAAUGUUUUAACUUAUGAUGCUAUGGCUAAAGAAAUGAAAGCGAAUGGAAUGUUUGCGUUCAAUAUGACUAUGGAAGCUAUCAUCAUGUCAUUGUUAGACGAUCAUGAAGUUCCCGAUUUGGAUGAAAUGCAAGGCGAAGAGGCUGUUCCACUAGAAAUUGCACUAAGCAUCGUAACACUUUUAAAAACAAAAGAAAAACGUCUUAAAGUAGCAAAUAUUUUUAAGCACAUGAUGGAUUUAAACUAUGUUUAAUCUAACUUAAGUUAAUUAAUGUAUGUAUAGAGACUAUAUUAAAGAGGUGAAAUUAUUUUAUUGGAACAACAUAAAGUUUUUAAAACAGA